AUGGCGGCGGCCGCGCGCGCGCUGCGGGCCCUUCCCCGUGCCCUCCGUGUCCCCAGCGCCACCCGGCAGCUCCACACCAGCCCCGUGUGCCUCAAGGUGAGCGCGGGCGGCGCGGUGCGCGCGGGCAAGGGGGACCGGCCGGUGACGUACGAGCAGGCGCACGCGCCCCAGCACAUCGGGCACCGCAAGGGCUGGCUGUCCCUGCACACCGGGAACCUGCGUGGCGAGGCGGGCGCGGCGCAGCGGGCGCUGGAGGACGCGUUCCUGCGGCGCUUCCUGGCUGGCACCUUCCCGGGGCUCCUGGCCGACGAGGCGGUGCUGAAGCGCCGCGGGAACCUGCUGGUGGUCUGUGCCCUGCUGGGCCGGGCACUGCCACCCCACAAGCUCUACUUCCUGCUGGGCUACGCCGAGACCCUGCUGGGCAACUUCUACAAGUGCCCCGUGCGCCUGGAGCUGCAGACCGUGCCCGCCCGCGUGCCCUACAAGUACCUCUAGGGCCGGGAUAAACCUAUAAAUGGCCCUAAAGGAAUGUCCUGUAAACGGCCCUAAAGGAACGCUCUGGGAUACCCCCCCUGUGCCCUACAAGUACCUCUAGGGCCGGGAAUAAACCUAUAAAUGGCCCUAAAG